CAACAAUUGGUAUCAGAGCAAGGGCUCUAAUUUGAAGGUUUAACCACCUAGGAGUUGAUCGGGAAUGGCUCAAUUUCUAUCUUCUCAACCACUUGAAGGUUUGUUUACCACUAAGCCUCCUUUCUUUGAUGGUACUAAUUAUAAUUAUUGGAAGAAUAGGAUGAAGGUCUUCAUGCUUGCAAAUGUGCCCAAGGCAUGGGUUGUGACUAUGAAAGGUCCAUAUGUACCGAUGAAAAUUGUUGGAGAAAGAGAGGUGCCGAAGGAAGAGAUUGAUUGGAAUGAUGAAGACUUGGAGAAGAUCAUGAUCAACAACAAAGCAAUUAAAGUGGUGAGAAAGGUUCUUAGAAGCUUGCCUAAGAGUUGGGAAGCCAAGAAGACGGCAAUUGAAGAAUCUAAGGAUCUCAACACUCUCAAGCUUGAAGAUCUCAUUGGUAAAUUGAUGACAUAUGAGACAGAAGUUCAAGGUGAUGGUGGAGUUGAAAUAGUUGAGAAGAAGAAGAAAGAUGUUGCAUUCAAGGUUAGCAACCAAAAGGAAAAGAGUGAAGAUGAUGCUAGUGAUGGUGAAAACUUCUCCUACUUAAUCUCUAGAGAAGUAAGGAGAUUUAUGAAGAAGAACAUCAAGAGCAAGCUUGCAAGAAGAGAUGAAGGAGAAUCCACCAAAAAGAGUGUGAAAUGCUAUGAGUGCAACAAGAUGGGGCACUAUAGAAAUAAAUGCCCCAAAUUGAAAAAAGGUGAGAAGAAAGACAAGAAGAGCAUGAAGAAGAAAGCAUUUGCCGCCACUUGGAGCAAUGAUGAGACUAGCUCAACGGAAAGUGAAAGCUCCUUGGAGAAAGGUGUUGCAAAUCUUUGCUUUAUGGCUCAAGAGGAUAGCAACAAUGAUGAGGAGGUGUGCCUUGUGAGCAAAAUGAAGAGCAAAUGGUAUCUAGAUAGUGGAUGCUCAAGGCACAUGAUGGGUGAUCCUUCACAAUUCUCCUCACUCAUGCCCUUGGAUGGACGUGCUAGCAUGAGUGUUAUCUCUAAGUUGUUAAAGCAUGAUCUUGUUGAUGGCUUGCCUAAGGUGAAUGUAAAUAUUGAUAAUGUGUGUGAUGCAUGCAUGAAGGGUAAGCAAAUUAGAGUUUCCUUUAAGACUAAGAAGUGCAUCUCUACAAAUAGACCUCUUGAUGGGAAUCAAGAUGAUAGCAUAUCUACUACGUCAUGUGAUCCAUUACACACCCAAGGAGGUCCAGUCAUGUGAGUUAGAGCUAAGAAGAUGUGUGAAGUUUUAAAUGGCCUUAUUGAGCAGAUCUGGGUUGAAAACAACAUACAACAAGCAAAUCGAAGCUUGGAUGAUUAUCAAGGCAUGGUAAACAUCAUUCAAGUUCAAGAGAAGCUUAGUUGAGGUCAUUUGCACGGAAUUACACAGUUUGCAUCAAAAUCGCACAGUUCUGCCGCAAUUUGUAGCAAACUGAUAUUUUGUGUUAUUUUAAGUUAUUUUUAGUGAUUUUCACGUUUUUUGUAUUAUUUUUGGGCUGAACAUUCGCUUAUUUGAAGCCCAAUUUGUGGUUAUAAGGUUUAGGACUUAGGGUGUUAAUUUCCUAU